ACAAGUCAAACAUUAAAAAAAAACUGAAAAGAACGAUUGAUAGACAUGAUUGACAUGUGCUAUGGGCAUCGAAACCAAACACAAUUUACCGAUGUGUCCAUUGUUAAGGCUAGGAGUCUGUUGGAGUUAGUUUACUUUCUGAAGAAAACAUUGGCAAGACAUUGUGGUGGAAGAGAGAUUUCAAGUGCAGAUAUGUCUUAUAUUCCUCCACAUAAGCGACAUUCAAAGGAUCCAAACAGACCUUCCCCUGUUCCAGAUUCUCUCGUUACAAAAUUCAAGAACAACCAUGACUACAAGAGUACCAAUGAUAAAAUCAACCGUGUUACUUGUUCAGAAAAUUUCAUUUCCAAAUGGCUUCUUGUUGGUUCUAAUGGAAUCAAGGAUGAGCUUCCUGCAUCCGUUGAUCUUGUACCCUUUUCCUCGGAUUCUGCUGAAUGCAGAGAUGGAGAACGGCCUUUAGUACUGAUGAACAACGACUCCCAAAAAGUGAGCGAGCAAGAAGAGAGAACACAGUGGCUGUUAAUAGCAGAGAAGGUGGAAGAGGAUCUUGUGUUGGCAUAUGAGCGAGCUAAGACUUCGGUAGAAGAGAAUCAACAUGUAUUGAGAUUGGUUGCUAGGUUUGGUAAAAUUCUCUUCUACAAGAGGAAACCUGGUCCUCUAGCUGAAUUCUCACAGAAAAACUUGAAGAAGAUGUUCUCUACAGAUGUCCCAACUUCUAACUUGCAACACAUAAUGUCUAAUGUGGUACCAAACCAUGGAUUCUCUAUUGAUUUGGAAAAGGAAACAUACACUGUGAAGGUAUCGCAUAAUACUCGCCCCACUGAAACUAUCAACUGUAAGUGUACCUUUAAGGAAAAUGGAAGGCUAAGUAUGUACAAGGCCGAGCUUGACGUUGUAAGGCAUUUGGUUGUUGAUAUGUCAUGCAUUGAUAAGAGUGUCGACAUGAGGCUGAUGCUAGCUGCCAAAAGGAAAAUGACUGCUCUCACCGAGAAAGAGAUAAGUGACAUUAAAGAGCUACUGGAUUCAGCAACUGUUGAUCCAAAUGUGAAAGGCGGUUUAAGGUGGCCGUUUGGUAAAUCUUCAUCUGGAGAUGGAUACAGAAUAUUUGAAGUUUGUCACGUUAGAGCUACUAUCUACAAGAACCAGACUCUCAGGCUUAGGGUUAGAGAGACUGAUAGGUUCAAUGAAAGGACUGGAACAGGAGCAGUCAAGAGGGAGGUGACUCUAGUACUUAAAGAUGUCAACACUAAGUUACAGGAGCAGAACAUUGAGAGGGGUUGUGUUUUGGAAAUGCUUCGAGUUACUCUUGGAACCUUAUGGGACUUCAUGCAUUGUGAUGCAUCUCUUACAUAAUAUUAAAGAACCGUGUGGUGUUGCUAAUACUAUUGGGUUUCUCUUUUACUUUCUCCUGCUUUUAGUACAAUAACAAUGUUAAGGGGUAUUAAGGGUUGAGCUUGCGUGUGAAAGAAGAGAUAAAAUAAGUAGAAGUUGUGCGUUUGCUGCACCUAAUUUCAUGUAUGCAUGACUCAGUUAAUCAGUUUCAAACUACAAACAAAGAUUGCAUUGUAUUUGUAUUAGACAUGAAAUAUAAGAAAAUAAGGUUGUAUAA